CGCAUGUCUCGUUGGGUUUCACUUUAGUGUUCACUUCUUCUCAACAAGUAAAAUAUUGACUCAGUCAGUCUUCUCGGGCAUUCAAUAAAGAUCAGUUGCAAAAUGUUGCUCAAAUUAAUUUGUAUUAUCUUCGCAGUUAAUUCAUUGAAAUCUUUCUCUAAUGCAAAUCCACAAGUUCAAUUUAAUGAGGCCAAUGAAGUUGUUACAAUAAAUAUUGAACAAAUCGAUCAGGAGUCUCUCAGCAUGGAACUGGAGAGUCAGGAAAAUUUCUAUAUACGCUUGUUAGGGAUUCGGAUCAACGCAGUUCGAAAUCUUAUCCACUCGAUUGCUCCGAGGUCAACUCUGGUGGGAUCCACGAUAUUCUUAUCCCUAACUUUAGUAGUCAACCUUUUAAAGUUGCCUGCGAUGCGGAAACUAGGAGUGGUAAUUGGACGAUUAUCCUGAAUCGAAUGAAUGGCAGUGUCAACUUUUACCGCAACUGGACGGAAUACAAAAAUGGUUUCGGAAAUCUAAGCGGCGAAUUUUUUAUGGGUCUGGAUAAAUUGUCUGCAAUGACAGCAGCGAGAAGACAAGAAUUAAUUGUCAUUCUCGAGGACUAUGAUAAUGAUGAGAAGUUCGUGACCUAUGAUCACUUUGCAAUCGGCAAUGAGACGGAACAAUAUUCAUUAAACCAUCUGGGCCUUGCCAAUGGAACUGCUGGUAAUUCAUUAUCAUGGGAGUUUGGCAAUAAAUUCUCCACAUUUGACCGGGAUAAUAGUUAUAAUGAAGUAAACUGUGCCAAGGUCAGCGCUGGAGCUUGGUGGUAUGACCGGAGUUAUUGUCACAUUGGCCAAUUGACGGGGUUAUAUAACGCCACAUCCAUGGUCACAGGCAUGAAUUGGUACACAUUUUGGACGUUGACUUUCUCCCUAAAAAGAGCCGUGAUGAUGAUACGGCCAAAGAUGUGAACAUAGAGUAUCUACAAUAUCAAUAGAUAUUCCCUCGGCAAAUUGUAAUAUCUCUUAGUCUAUAUGCAAAUUUAGAAGAAAUUUUAAUAAAACUAAUUAACAUUAUCUGACUAAGAA